CCCCUCGAUUGUUGCGCAUAUUGCUACCUUGCCGCGAUGAUAUCCCCGCGGGCAGCAGCCUUAUUGGUUGGUCUACUCGAGCUACAGCCGCGAUCGGAUCGGAUCCCCGAGCUCGAUAAGAUAAGGUCUCCGAAAUGCAGGCAUUUGUCCUAACCACGUGAUUGGUGCUGCUGUCCGAGGCAACACCCAGAUCCUUCUCCCCAACUCGGUCAAAAGGAAACGAAUACGACCUGCUCCCCAGUACUUCUACAUCCGCCACUCCAUGCAUGCCUCGUCAUGGCGGAGUCAGAUUCAACACGAGUACGCGCUCGGCGUUCCCAUAAUAAAUCUCGCUUGGGAUGCCAGAAUUGCAAGCGAAGACGCGUGAAGGUAUGUUACUCUCCUCUCUUAUCACUGCCGCCUCGUCGUGUCAACGAAAUCAGUCUACAGCAUGGUGCUUCCUAUUUUGCGCUCGGUCGCCUGCUUCAUUCCUGAAAAGCUGCUAGUGCGUUGUAGAGCUAAGUACUCCCAGUGCGAUGAGAAGAAACCCGUAUGCACCCCAUGUGCGCGCCACGCCAUCGACUGCGACUUUGUCAUCCCGGCUGCUGCGUCUGCCCCGAGAGCCCCAGCCCGGCAGUAUCGCUUUCGUCGAUCCAAGUAUCAGCAAGACACGCAGACGGAGUCAUCCGCAGUGUCCAGGUCCGGCUCAGAAGCUCGGGCUUUAGGGGCAAUUUCCACCGGAGUCCAAUGUGACCUUGCCGCCAGCCAGCCACCCGGCGGGAUCUCGUUCGCGGAUCUCAGACUGUAUCACCACUACAUGACCACCACGUAUAAGACCCUGAGCGAUGAGGCUGCCGAUGCAAAUGGCAUCUAUCUCAAUCAUCUACCACAAUGGGGUAUUGCCUUUCCCUCCAUCUUGCACCUUAUCCUCUCGCUAUCGGCGCUUCAUCUAGCUUCGAAGAACCCAGACGCAAGGCUGGAAUAUUUCGCUCAGGCGGACGCCCACUUUACCUUUGGAGUGCGGUCUGUGACAGCGGUGCUGGCGCUGCUGAACUCGGAGAAUUGCCAACUGAUCUACCAGGCGGCGGCAUUGAUCUGCCUGACGUACUUUGGCCGUGGGCCGCGCCCGGCGGAGUAUCUCGUGUUCAGCCAGAGUGGGCAAUCACAGUGGCUGGUCUUGCUGCGCGGGGUGCGGUCUAUCGUCAUGAAUCAUCACGAGCGCAUCUUCACGGGGGUUUUGACUCCGGUACCGGAUGAUAGCAUCAAGGGUGUCAGUCCGGCCCUGCAGGCGGAAUUGGACGAGCAUUUGUCGCACAUUGGGGCGAUGGAAACGUGGAUCAAGCUGCAGGUAGCUGAUGCAGCUGUCUGGACAGUGUAUGAGAGUUCCAUUCAGGACUUGAAGUCCAUUCUCAGGGAGGCAUAUGCGGUGCGCAGUGCGGGCAAGGACGGAAUCAGUUUGAUGCAUCUGGCCAUGGGAUGGGUGUAUCGAAUGCAGGAUGAGAUGAUUGCGAUCUUGGAGGCGAGGGACCCCUAUGCCCUGGUGGUAUAUGCUCAUUGGAGCAUCAUCCUCCGCUACAUGCGGUCGUCAUGGCUGAUGAGGGGGUGGGACGAGCAUGUUGUGCUCGGGGUGCACUCGUUGUUGCCGCUUGAGUUGCAUCAAUGGAUCGCAUAUCCGGUGCGAGUGGUUACUGGUCGGGAAAUUUGUACUUAGUCUAUACUGUGUGGUGGUUGCUGCAGAACCUUUCGUGAUGAUCGCUUAACGUCGCUGCCCUCGCACUCGGCGUUAACACUGUCCGACUCUCGUCGGCUCACAGCCCAAUCCAAUAGUAGGAUAUGCACCUCAGACCCUUGUGGCGCCAUGAUUGAGGUAUUUUCUUAUCAUGUAGAAAUGAUUGGGAAGCUGACUAAUUCCAGGUGCAAUGAAAGUGAAG